ACAUGUACGUUCCAGGCAUGAUUUGCUUUACUCUGGUAGUGAGCCUUCUUUUGGCUCAGACUGAAGGCAGGGCUUUCAAUAACGUUCAAUCACGUGAGAAGCGACAAACGUCCGGUUGUGAUGGAGGAACGAGGUAUGACAACAGAGGCACAUUUUCCACCAACAUUGGCGGUGAGUACGGCAGCAACGAGAACUGCUGCUGGGACAUCGUGCCUGACGUUCAAGGGCCAUGGACAAUCACAUUCCAAUUUGAUAUGUUUGACGUGGAAAGUAGCUCUGGUUGUAGAUAUGAUGCCCUCACCUUCGACACGGACGAUGGGCCUGUGAAGGAGUGCGGAGAGAAGACGGACUUCUCAAGGACAUUCACGGUCACAGAAAGUCAGUUCCAAGUGUGUUUUAGCAGCGACGGCUCCGUCACCGGCCACGGGGUCAGUGGAACCUACAGCAUAGACACAGUGAACGCCUACACCACAGCCUAUCCUGACUACUCCACAGCCUACCCUGACUACGCUACAGUCUACCCUGACUACGCCACAGCCUACCCUGACUACGCCACAGCCUACCCUGACUACGCCACAGCCUACCCUGACUACGCAACAGCCUACCCUGACUACACCACAGCCUACCCUGACUACGCCACUGCCUACCCUGACUACGCCACAGCCUACCCUGACUACGCAACAGCCUACCCAGACUACGCUACAGCCUAUCCUGACUAUGCAACAGCCUAUCCCGAUUAUGCCACAGCCUACCCAGACUAUGCCACAGCCUAUCCUGACUACGCCACAGCCUACCCAGACUAUGCAACAGCUUACCCUAACGACCCAACAGCAUACCCUGACUACACCACAGCCUACCCUUACUACGCCACAGCCUAUCCUGACUAUGCAACAGCCUACCCUGACUAUGCAACAGCCUACCCAGACUAUGUAACAGCCUACCCUGACUAUGUAACUGCCUACCCUGACUACGCCACAGCCUACCCUUACUACGCCACAGCCUACCCUGACUAUGCAACAGCUUACCCUAAUGAUGCAACAGCAUACCCUGACUACGCCACAGUCUACCCUUACUACGCCACAGCCUACCCUGACUACGCCACAGCCUAUCCUGACUAUGCAACAGCCUACCCUGACUACGCCACAGCCUACCCUUACUACGCCACAGCCUACCCUGACUAUGCAACAGCUUACCCUAAUGAUGCAACAGCAUACCCUGACUACGCCACAGUCUACCCUUACUACGCCACAGCCUACCCUGACUACGCCACAGCCUAUCCUGACUAUGCAACAGCCUACCCUGACUACGCCACAGCCUACCCUUACUACGCCACAGCCUAUCCUGACUAUGCAACAGCUUACCCUAACGAUGCAACAGCAUAUCCUGACUACGCCACAGCCUACCCUUACUACGCCACAGCCUAUCCUGACUAUGCAACAGCCUACCCUUACUACGCCACAGCCUAUCCUGACUAUGCAACAGCCUACCCAGACUACGCCACAGCCUAUCCUGACUACACCACAGCAUCCCCUGAAUAUCCACAAGAACAGGCCACAAGUUCAUGCAAUAUUAACCACAAUGGCAACCAUGGCAGCAUCAGUACCAACCCUGAUGGCAACUAUGAAAACAGCCACGAUGCCUGUUACUCCCUUCACCCAAGCUUCACCGGUUCGGGCAUUAUCACCUUCGUCUUCAACGUGUUUGACAUCGAGGAGGCCACCGGCUGCGUGUUUGACUACAUUGAGUUUGAUGACGUUAACACAAAACUGAGGGAGUGUGGCACUGUAGAUGCGGGGACCCAGAGAGAGUUUGAAUUCCACGACGGUCGUUUCAAUGUUUGCUUCCACUCUGAUGGAUCAGUGACAGGACGGGGUGUCCAGGCCACGUAUUCCAUGAAUCCAGUUCGAGAGGUUGAAUCUGUUGAGACAACACCAUAUCCAGUGGACAUUAUCGUUAACUCAACGAUGUCAACUAAUUUCACAGAAGCAACAACGCUACCAGUUCGAGAGGUUGAAUCUGUUGAGACAACACCGUUUCCAGUGGACAUUAUCGUUAACUCAACGAUGUCAUCUAAUUACACAGAAGCAACAACGCUAGCAGUGAAUACAACCGUGAACACUACAAGUCUCCCCGACACCGAGGACAAUACCUGCACCCAAGUCCUGACAUCAGAUGUUGGCACCCUGACAAGCCCCGGCAAUGGCAGCUACGCCAACAACGUGCAGUGUGUCACUGUCAUCACAGGCCCCAGUGUACCAUACACCUUGGUCCUCAGCUUCACAACGUUUGACCUCGAGGGCUCAUCCACAUGUAGAUACGACUACCUGGAGGUUGAUAUGGGCGAGGGAAACAGCCAGAAGGGAUGUGGAUCAACAUGGGACAACAGAACAGUGGAGUACACGUCAGAUGGAGGUAACGUCACUGUGACAUUUUCUUCUGACUCCAGUCAGACAGGAGCAGGGUACAGUGCCACCUACACCAUCCAGCCAAGAGGUGUUCCUUCCUUGAGUAAUGGCGACUGUAGAUACAUCAACACCAACGUCACGGCGGGCGUUAUCCAAAGUCUACCCGGUACCGGCAGUGACUACACCAACAACAUGGACUGCUCGUACGAGUUCACUCGCAAUACCCCCUUUUAUCUGGACAUCAACUUCAUCGCCCUCGACACAGAGUCUUCGAGCAACUGCCGCUACGACUACGUCCAGGUUGGGGAUGAUAAAUACUGUGGGAGUGAUUUGCCCAACGCAACGAGAGUGUCGGUACAAGGUGGAGCAGCCGUCAUCCGCUUCAGAAGUGAUAGCAGUGUUACCGGAAAGGGCUUUGUGGCUUUGUUCAACAUUGAAGAGCACUGCAACUUCGAUAGUGAAGAUCUUGAGGGCACCUAUACCUUGGCCACUGAUUCUAAUGAUCAUUACAAAAACAACCAACACUGUGAGAUCACUCUCCGGUCUCCUCCCACCCCUCACAUCACCACUGUCAACUUCACCCGUUUUGACAUCGAGGAAGAUACUGCUUGCCACUAUGACAGUUUAACAGUAACAAGUGAUGACGCCACCGAGAAACUGUGUGGAGCAAAGGAGUCCUUUAUCCGACAAUACACUGGGCCAACAGUUGACAUGACAUUUACCAGUGACAGAAGUGUUGUGCGUACCGGUUUCUCUUUCAAUUAUGUCACUGAACUUGUCUACUGCAAUGCAACUAUAAACGCCACAUCCGGAACCUUUGAGUCACAGCCUGGUGAUUACGAGAGCAACAUGUACUGCACCUACACCAUCAACACCCCCACUCCUGGUGACCUAGUCUUCACCUUCCCAUUGUUUGACGUUGAGUCAGGCAGAAGCUGCCGAUACGAUGCUGUUGAGAUGGAAGGGGACAAGCUGUGUGGAACAAACAUCCAAGAGAAGACGUACAGUACUGAUGGUCAUUUCCAGUUCGUCUUCACAAGUGAUGGAUCCGUAAAUGGAGAAGGUUUCAAGAUAGACUUCACUUUCAUCCCUCACGAAAUUCAGAAUUAGAGACAUGGGUCCCUUUCUAGGAGAUGGAAGACAUGCUCAAUAAAUCAUUUAAAUGAUAAA